CCCCGGAAGGCGUAUUUCCCCGCAAAAAGCUUCUGGCAUUCCAGAAUACCCAUCAUAAUACAUCUUAUCUUCUUCCUGCUCUUCGUCGUCGCGUGCUCUUCAGCGGAUCCUCCCAUCCAAUGUGCUGCACAAAGCUCCGAAGCAGCCUUGCCUCCUUCGGAAGAUGCUGCGUGCGUCUGCGUGGACAAUUGGACAGGACCGGAAUGUCGUGUGUGCACAGAUGACUCCGUGUGCGGUUCUGGGCAGCUGUGUCGACAUGCACUGCCGAUGUACCAGCGGCUCGAAGGGGUCUGCAACAUCUUCACCAAGGGUUUCGCGGAUUUUUUGGGGGGAGCUGGAACCCUGGCGUUGCAAAUGGGCAUGACCGACAGCGAAGGAGCGACGCCUGCUCCGGAUGCUGGCUUGCUCGACCUGACAGUCUUCGCGAACCCCUCCCCGGGUAUCUUUCGACCAGUCUUCUCGUGCGCGGGCCGCCAGUGCCUGCUCAGCAAGGAGAAGGACUCGCCAGGGGCAGCGGGCGGGGCCCGUGUGGGCAUGCAGUGCCAGCAGAGCUCCUGCACCGCCCUCUGCGACAAGGCUGAGGACGCGUUUUGCAUCGAUCUGAUGCUCCAGCUCUUGGCGAGCAUCGGGGAGACCGGCACCCUGGACCUGAUCUGCGAGGCCGACGGCGACUCCUGCGUGAUGCACGAGGCGGUGCUCGACGCCUACUUCAAGGGCAUUGUCUUCGACGAGUGCCGGUUGGGGGAGUGCGCGCCUAGGAACGCGGGGAACAUGACGCUGCAAGAGCUGAGCUCCUUCGCUCUGCCCCCGUCCUCCCCCUCGGUCCUCUUCCGCCUCAACCAGGCCUUGGCUCUGGCCGCCCUCCUCCUCGUCCUCGGGAGCUCCCUCGCCACCCUCCUCCUCUAUCGCUACAGCAGGGCAGCCGUCGAUGCCCUGGGAAGCGUAGAGGGAGCGAUGGAGGCCUUUGCAGGGGAGGGGGCCGAGGGGAAGGCCCCGGGAGGCUCCCGCACGGGCAGCACGGACGCG